AUGCCGGUAGAACCAAUCAGAUACGUGACCAAAGUCGAUCUCACCAAGCCAGGUGACGAACAGCCGCAAGUGCACAACAGAUGGCACCCCGACGUGCCCUUUUCUGAAACUAUCACCCCUGGUGAGAUUGUCAAAGUCGAGUGCUUGGAUUGGACGGGGAACCAAAUCAAAAACUCCGAUAGUGCAGAUGACAUUUUAAACGUUGAUCUUUCGCGAAUCCACUACUUAUCGGGCCCCUUCAACAUUGAAGGCGCCGCACCAGGGGACGUCAUCUGUGUCGAGAUCCACGAUGUCCAGCCGUUGGAGAGACAACCGUGGGGCUACUGCGGUGUGUUCCACAAGCUGAACGGGGGCGGGUUCUUGGACAGGUUCUACCCCGAGGCCGCCAAGGCCAUUUUCGAUUUCGCGGGCAUCCAAGCCACGUCGAGACACUUGCCCCACGUGAAAUUCACCGGCUUGAUCCAUCCGGGGAUCAUAGGCACGGCGCCAUCGCAGGAGGUCUUGGAUGAGUGGAACAGCAGAGAAACGGGGUUGAUCAAGCAGAUUCAACAUUUGCACGAUACUGCCGUGGCGCAACCUCCACUUGAAACCAACGCGCAUCCGGGUUCAGCCACCGGUGAUGUUGCUGCCAAGAUCGCUAGGGAGGGAGCACGCACCAUACCUGGUAGGCCCGAGAACGGGGGCAACUGCGACAUCAAGAACUUGACGCGCGGGUCCAAGUGCUAUUUCCCCGUUCACGUCCCGGGGGCUAAACUAUCGCUCGGUGAUUUGCAUUUCUCACAAGGCGACGGUGAAAUCUCAUUCUGCGGCGCCAUUGAAAUGGCGGGUGUAAUCACCAUCAGCGUCUCCGUGAUCAAGAACGGCAUCGAUAAGUUAUCGCUCAAGUCGCCCAUUUUCAUGCCUGGUGAUUUGCAAGUCCAUUACGGGCCUUCAAGAUACGUUACCUUUGAAGGCUUUUCCGUCGAUGAAGAUGGGCAACAGCAGUAUUUGUGCGCCACCACGGCGUAUAGACAAGCGUGUAUCCGCGCGAUUGAGUACUUGCGGAGAUUCGGGUACAAUGAUUACCAGAUUUACUUGCUCUUGUCGAGUGCCCCCGUCGAGGGCCACAUUGCUGGUAUCGUUGACGUGCCUAAUGCGUGUACGACGUUGGGGGUGCCUUUGGACAUUUUUGACUUUGAUGCUUCGCCCGAGGCAGAGGUUGCAAAAUUGGAUAUGGGCAAUUGCGCUUUGGUCAAGGGUUCCUCGCAUCCCGUCACCUACGAGUUUAAAUAA